GGGCAGGACUUUUGUGGAAGGAUAAGUAGGACCCGCUGUGUCACGGAAGAACAGCGUGCGUAAGCGGAAAGGCAGCCGGCAAUAUAUGUUAGUAGCAGUUACAGUGACUCCCUCCACAAUAACGAUAGUUUUUAGGCAAGUAUCUGUGCUCUUGGCAUAGGUUUCAGGGUAACUUUUAGCGCACAAUGGUUGAGAAGAUAGACAUGGAGAGAGGGAAGGCAUCCAACGGCGAGGCGCACUUCGACGAGGCGGUGGUGAACGGAGUGACGGGCGCCAACAGCAGCAGAAAGGAGCCGCUGUCACAGAGGGUGAAGAGGAUAGUGAGGGCCAACAUGCUGGUGAUUCUCACCGUGGCCGGGGUCAUCAUCGGUGUUUUCAUCGGACUUGGUGUGCGCAACGUGGCUCUGACAAGGACCCAGGUCAUUUACAUCAGCUUCCCCGGUGAGCUGCUUAUCAGGCUGCUGAAGAUGAUCAUCAUCCCCUUGGUGGUGUGCAGUCUGGUGUCCGGAGCGGCUAGCAUCGACCCCAAAGCCCUGGGCAAGCUUGGCGGCUGGGCUAUGCUCUUCUUCCUGGUCACCACCUUGAUCGCCUCUUCCAUUGGGGUUGUGAUGGCUUACAUCAUAUCCCCAGGGUCGGUGGCAAUCGAUAAUCGCAAUGGGCAAGGUGUGGGUGACGGUGUGCCUGCCACUAAAGAAGUGAUAGACUCCUUUUUAGAUUUGAUAAGAAACAUCUUUCCUUCCAACCUGGUGUCUGCUGCCUUCCAGUCGUAUGCAACCAGCUACAAGCUGAUUACCAGAAAUGGCACGGAUGGAAACCCCAACAUCACAGUGGAGAAGGUGCCCUUUGGAACAGACCAGGAUGGCAUGAAUAUUCUUGGUCUGGUUGUGUUUGCCAUUGUGUUUGGCGUGGCCUUAAGGAAGCUGGGAGAGGAAGGAGAGAUCCUCAUCAAGUUCUUCAAUUCCUUCAAUGAGGCCACCAUGGUUCUGGUCUCCUGGAUUAUGUGGUACGCCCCUCUUGGUAUCAUGUUUCUUGUAGCUGGCAAGAUCGUUGAGAUGGAGGACGUUGGAACACUUUUUGCAAGCCUGGGAAAAUAUAUAGCCUGCUGCAUGAUUGGACAUGCCAUUCAUGGCUUGCUUGUGCUGCCUGCCAUCUACGCUGUCAUUACAAGGAAGAACCCAUACACCUUCCUCUGGGGGAUAUUCACAGCUCUAGCAACAGCUUUUGGAACAAGCUCCAGCUCUGCCACCCUGCCCCUGAUGAUGAAGUGUGUGGAGGAAAAUAACGGCGUAUCCAAGCACAUCAGCCGUUUUAUCCUGCCCAUCGGUGCGACGGUCAACAUGGACGGAGCUGCUCUCUUCCAGUGUGUGGCUGCUGUUUUCAUCGCUCAACUGAACAACUUUUCCCUUAACUUCGUCCAAGUCAUCACCAUCCUUGUGACAGCUACAGCAUCCAGUGUCGGAGCAGCAGGUAUACCUGCUGGUGGUGUGCUGACCCUCGCCAUCAUCCUGGAGGCAGUAGGACUGCCGACCACUGACAUCUCUCUCAUCCUGGCUGUUGACUGGAUUGUUGACCGCACCUGCACAGUCCUGAAUGUAGAGGGCGAUGCCUAUGGAGCUGGGCUCUUGCAGUUCUAUGUAGACCGCACAUCCAAACAGGGGGGAGCAGCAGAGCUGAGCGAGGUCAGACUGGAGGGCCACCCAUCAACUGCUGCACCGGAGUACGCGCCGCUAAUUGAGAAGCGAGGUGGAAGGGACGCUGCGGUGUUUGGUGAAAAAGAGUCCGUUAUGUAAUCCAGCUGCUGACAUUAUCAGUAGUCCCCCCCCCCCCCUCC